AUUAACAAAUAUCUAGAGUGGCAACAGAAAUUUUCGGCAUCACAUUUAAGUUUCUGUAAAUGAGGAGAAUGUGUUUACGCGCGCUUCCGUAAUCUUUAUCUACAUGUGAUAAAUCUUAGUACCUUACUCAUUCACGGUGACACAUAUGACUUAUAUCAUGUCAUCUUUAAUGUGCUAGAUUUUCUAGUACAUUACAUAUCAUAUAUGUGCUUACUUUUACGGUAAGCCUAAUAGCAUCCGUCAACUUAAUGUUUUUACAUUUCAUUUCCUACGUCUGUAAACAAGUGCAAUGACGUCAAUUAUAAAGUUGUUGCCGUUAUCUGGGGUAUAUAGUGAGGACCCUCACUGCUAUAUACUUCAAGUAGAUGAAUUCCGAUUCCUUCUGGACUGUGGUUGGGAUGAAAAUUUUAAUAUGACACAUAUAAAAGAACUAAAAAAGCAUGUUCAUCAAAUAGAUGCUGUACUUUUAUCUUAUCCAGAUAUUCUACAUCUUGGUGCUUUACCAUAUGCUGUUGGAAAAUGCAAUUUGGACUGCCCAAUUUAUGCUACUAUACCUGUAUAUAAAAUGGGACAGAUGUUUAUGUAUGACUUGUUUCAGUCUCGGCAUAAUACUGAAGAUUUUGAUCUUUUUACCUUGGAUGAUGUUGAUGCAGCAUUUGACAAGAUUAUACAAUUAAAAUAUAGUCAGACAAUCAACUUAAAAGGAAAGGGACAAGGCAUUACAAUAACUCCUUUACCUGGUGGUCAUAUGAUUGGUGGAACUAUCUGGAAAAUUGUUAAAGAUGGCGAAGAAGACAUAAUUUAUGCUGUUGAUUUUAAUCACAAGAAAGAAAGACAUUUAAAUGGUUGCAUUCUGGAAACUUUUAAUAGACCUUCUUUGCUUAUCACUGACUCUUAUAAUGCUAACUAUGUGCAAGUGAGAAGAAGAGCACGAGAUGAGCUCCUUAUGACUAAUAUUUUGAAGACGCUACGGUCAAAUGGCAAUGUUCUGAUAGCAGUUGAUACAUCUGGAAGGGUUCUAGAGCUGUCUCAUAUGAUGGAUCAGCUGUGGAGGAGUAAAGAUUCAGGGCUGAUGGCUUAUUCACUUGCUCUUUUGAAUAAUGUCAGCUAUAAUGUUGUAGAAUUUGCAAAAUCUCAGGUUGAAUGGAUGAGUGAAAAGAUCAUGAAAAAUUUUGAAGGCCAAAGGAGCAAUCCAUUUCAGUUUAAGCAUGUUCAGUUGUGUCACAGCUUAGGGGAGCUGAGUAAAAUUCCUGAACCCAAGGUUGUGCUAGCAAGUAUGCCUGGAAUGGAAUGUGGCUUUUCCCGUGAGCUAUUUAUUCAGUGGUGUGGCAAUGAAAGAAAUAGCAUUAUUCUUACAUCACGAGGUCUACCUGGUACAUUAGCACGGACACUUAUUGAAUCUCCGGAAAAAAGGACAAUAGAAUUACAAAUUCGUAGAAGAGUUCGUUUGGAGGGAGUAGAAUUGGAAGAAUAUUUGAAGCGAGAAAAAGAAAAGGAAUUAGAAGCAGCUAGGCAUCGAGCUGAAAAAGAAGC